UCGUAGUCCGGCUCGCGGGGGCCGCCGGGAGCUAUAGUCCGUCCCACCUGCCCAGUCAGCGCUGUGCGGCCCGCCCUGCGCUCUCGGAGCCCGGAGCCGCCGCCCGGGGGGAUGCGGGAGCCCCCGGUUUGGGGGAACAGAGAGGCAGGCGGGGAGCCGAGGACGGCAUGUCCCAGGCCCCAGGAGCUCAGCCAAGCCCGCCCUCCGUGUACCACGAACGGCAACGCCUGGAGCUCUGUGCCGUCCACGCCCUCAACAACGUCCUGCAGCAGCAGCUCUUCAGCCAGGAGGCUGCCGAUGAGAUCUGCAAGAGGUUGGCCCCAGACUCCCGGCUGAACCCCCAUCGCAGCCUCCUGGGUACCGGCAACUAUGACGUCAACGUGAUCAUGGCCGCCCUGCAGGGGCAGGGCCUGGCCGCUGUGUGGUGGGACCGAAGGAGGCCCCUGUCCCAGCUGGCGCUGCCCCGGGUGCUGGGGCUGAUCCUGAACCUGCCCUCGCCCGUCUCGCUGGGGCUGCUGUCCCUGCCCGUGCGCCGGCGGCACUGGGUGGCCUUGCGCCAGGUGGACGGCGUCUACUACAACCUGGACUCCAAGCUGCGGGCGCCCGAGGUGCUGGGCGACGAGGAUGGCGUCAGGGCCUUCCUGGCGGCCGCGCUGGCUCAGGGCCUGUGCGAGGUGCUGCUGGUGGUGACCAAGGAGGUGGAGGAGCAGGGCUCCUGGCUGCGGGCAGACUGACCCCAGGAGGAGGGGAGCACGGCUGCCCUCCCAGAGCGGCCCCCGCGACCGCGUCAGCCUCCCGAGCAAGCGCCGGGGGGCCGGGGCAGGACACCUCGUGGACCCAGUGGAGGCCCCGCCCCCUGCCCUGUAUCCCCGCCCCGCCUGGUGCCGCUGCUGCCUCAAUAAACCUGGUAAUUUGC